CCGAACGCCUUUGAUUUGUGCAGAAAAAUCGACACUUUUCUGAAGUGAGACAAGUAGUCACGAGCGACUGCAGGUUGUGACAGCCACGUCAAACGUGCGGCGUGCUUGUUAGCGGGGUCUCCUCACUGGGAUCUGGAGGCGGAGGUCUAUGCAGCCAUGUAUCAAUGGCGCAUUGACCUCCGUCUCCGUGGCGAGGAUCCCACGCUGCAGGAAGUGCAGUCGUGGAAGUUUCAUGCGCGUCAGUCCCUGCUUAGAAAAUGGAGGGGGCGACUGGCCCAACCCAGAGCCGGGAGCUGUACCGUGGAGGCUAUCCGUCCGGUUUUUGAGAACUGGAUGGACAGGGCGCAUGGAUCCUUGACUUUCCGGCUGGUGCAGGUGCUUUCCGGGCAUGGUUGCUUCGGAAAGUACCUGUGUCAUAUAGCCCGCAGGGAACCGACAACCGAAUGUCACCAUUGUGGCUGCUGUGAAGACACGGCACAGCACACGCUGCAGGUGUGCCCAGCCUGGGCCAAUGAGCGCCGUGAACUUGUUGCUGCAGUAGGACACGACUUGUCACUCCCUGCAAUGAUCAAAUCAAUGCUGGAAAGUGACAGGUCGUGGAGGGAGGUAGUAUCCUUCUGCGAACACGUAAUGUCGCAGAAGGAAGCUGCGGAGCGGGAGAGGGAGGCUACCACCCUUCUUCCAAUCCGCCGCAGGAGAGCAGGGCGUCGGAGGAGGCACUAUCAUGCCCUCCUUCAACCCCCAUAACAGGGGUUUUGGCGGUGGACGCGGGGGCGUCCGCCGCCCGUAAUGUAUAGAUCCCGAGGUGGCGCGCGCGGUAUUCCUGCGUGCCCCUGUAAGUGUUGAAUGGGAU